AUGGGCGCAAAUACCGAAAUUCCCGCCGACCAGUUCGUCGUCCUCACGCCUCGCCUGAUCCUGGUUCCCACAACGACGGCGAUAUCGUUCAGCUCAUACCGGGCACUUUACUCCGACCUCCAUGCAAAUGUGGACUUCUGUGCAAUGGGAUUCGGGCCUCAUUUCCCAGCCCGCAAAUGGAGCGACGAAGAAACACGUGAAUCGAUCCAAACGCGUGAUAUUGAACGUUGCUGGGGACAGCGCGGGCUGGGCGAUUUUGCUGUGGGGCUACGCCCGCCAUCGACAUUCCAGUCCGACAAUGACUCGACGCAACAUGAUGCCGUCUCCACCACAGUCAGAGGCGAUGAAUAUGUCCGCAUUGCAGGCCAGGACAAUGCCCUGCUAUCUGCCUGCAAGUGGGUAGGCUAUGUGGGUCUCCGCGAUGCUACAACGACCUCAAUGCCGCCGCGAGAGCCUGAUGAUCCCGCGCUGCCACAUUGGCUUGAAAUGAUCGAGCUGCGCUAUGGUGUGGCGCCUGAGUUUUGGGGGAAAGGAAUCGCACAGGAAGCUGCCAAGGGGCUUAUGCGGUGGGGUGCGGUUGAGAAGGGGGUGAAGAGGUUCAUUGCCGAGACCGAGAGAGAUAAUACCCGAAGUGCGAAGGCGUUGCAGAAGCUUGGGUUCACACUCAGUGACACGGACUAUUGGAAAGAACCGAGCGAAUUGGAAUGGGAGUGUGUCGCGAAAUGA